AUGAAACUUUUCUAUAAAAGAUCCAAUAAUGACGCUUUUCGAAUUGAGACUUUAACACUUGGACGAGAAAUUCUCAUGCUUUUCACUAUUUGCUCUGCGCAGGGCAUGGUUCAAGCCGCUCUCGCCCAGAGCUUUAUCCCUAAUAUUGUGAUUGGAGAGUCAUUUCAUGCCAAAUCUCAUGAUACAGCAUGGUAUCCUGCAGCCUAUGGACUGACAUGUGGUGCCUUUAUGCUGGCGUGCGGCCGCGUGGGCGACAUAGUUGGCCACAAAAAGCUUUUUGUAGGAGCUUGGUUUUGGUUUUCUCUAUGGAGCCUCAUUGCUGGUAUUUCAUCUUACACUGAAUCCCAGGUUUUCUUCGAUGUUUGCAGAGCAUUCCAAGGAAUAGCCGCCGCUGCAUUGGUUCCGUGCUCCCUGGCUAUUCUGGGGACGAUAUACAAACCUGGACCACGAAAGAAUCUUGCCUUUUCUCUAUAUGCUUCUGGGGCUCCGAUUGGUUUUACUCUUGGCGCUGCUUUUUCUGGGCUUCUUGCUGAACUAGCAGCGUGGCCUUGGGCAUUCUACAUCAGUUCUAUAGUUUGUUUGAUCUAUGGAUUGCUGGCUUUAAUUUCUGUUCCAGAUUUGCACAUACACUCUGCACAGGAAAAGGGAUCAUUUGAUUACAAAGGGACUUUUAUCAUCAUACCUGAAAUAGGGCUUAUUUUGCUGAAUUUCGCUUGGAACCGUGCACCAGAAGUGGGAUGGGCAAGUUCACAAUGUAUUGCACCACUCAUCAUCAGUCUAUUUUUGAUUACGAUAUUUUUCCCAAUUGAAAAGAAGGCUACACAUCCUAUCAUACCUGUCGCUGAGAUCGACCGCAAUGCGACAUGGAUUCUUCUCAUCGAGGGACUAGGGUGGUCCUCCUUUGGAAUACUCUGUUACUAUUCCAUCAACUUCAUCAUCCAUCUCCGUGGCGAUAGCAUGCUUUUAGCUGCUGCGUAUCUCGCUCCAGUUCCCCCAGCGGGUCUCGCUGCCAGCAUCUUGACAUCAAACCUUCUUUCCUGCCGGGUAAAUCCCGCGGCUAUUCUGGCUUUCUCACUUAUAUGGUUCUGCGUUGGCAACAUCAUCCUUGCAACCAUGUCAGUUCAUCAGAGUUACUGGCUAGGGAUAUUCUGGUCCUAUUUGCUCAGCCCUUUUGGGAUGGAUAUGAGCUUUCCGGCUGGUACCAUUAUUCUUAGUGACCUCAUGGCUCCCGAGAAGCAAGGGAUUGCGGCAAGUCUGAUUGCGACGAUUGUUUAUUACUCCCAAAGUCUGGGACUCGGUUUGGCCGGGGUGGUGGAGAAGGAUGUCGCAAAUGGUUCUGUCCUGCAAGGUUAUCGUGGUGCAUGGUACCUGGCAAUAGGUCUAAGUGGACUUGGGCUCGGAGUUGGAACUGUGUUCGCAUUAGUCUCAAUGUCAGGAGGCAAUCCGGGAUUUUCCUUAAAAAAGAGAGAUCACAAAUCAACUCAAGAAUGCCCUGAAAGCCAAAAAUGA